ACGCACUGUCAGCCUGCGCAUAUUUUUUAUGACUGCAGCGCUGCCAUGCAUGCAUGUCGUGCCUCUGUUGUUGUGCAGAAUGUUGAAAUUUCAAGCAGUUUUUGUAGGAGAUGUGGCAAGAGAUGUUGAAGAAAUAGAUGGAAAACAAGAGGUACUGCUUGGAUGAAAGUGUGGGGAAACAGAAGCUGAGGAUAAAAUAGCAGGGGAAAAGGCACUGUGAUUAGAGAGAGAGAGAGAAAGAAAGAGAGAGAUUGUAAGGCGGAGGAAGAGGAGGAGGCAGAAGAGGCGAUCUGCUGAAGGGAACCAGCAGAGCCGCUGAUUUUACCAAAACCCUCGGCAGCUGCCUUCUGUUGCUGUGGAGAUGGGCUGUUGGCUCUCUGGACCAUGGAUGGGUGACCAAACGAUGAGUGGGCGGAGUCUAGCACACCUAAGCCAGCGGGAUGCUUUGAGGAUUAUUGCUGCGAGUCAGCGCCCCAUCACCUUGCAGAUCAAGGGCCAGAGGAGGCGGGGCAAUGAGGGAGACAGGGGAUCCUGGGAACCCCUGCCGCUCAACCUGCAGCACCUCAACCUACCUCUUCCAAUGAGGGGGGCGGGAAUUAACACAUCUAGUCCCUCCUACCCAGACAGACAUUAUUAUGGCCAUCUGGCUCUGCCACAAGAUCACUGUGAUGGAGGACGGUACAGCUAUAUGUCUAGCUCCCCACGGGACACUGUGGAAAUCAACCAUCAGGAUCUUGAACUCGCCAGACGUCGACAAAAAAGGAAAAAUUGCCUGAUGGGAUGUUGCAAUCCUGAUUCAGAUGAACCAACAACCUGCCACAGCCAGACUGAUGAUGAGGACUUCAUCUUGGAGAAGCCAUUGGGUUACAUGCCCCUUCAUCAUGAGCUGGACAGUGGUCUGGGCUGGACAGAUGGCUCCCUCCAUCAGGGUGAUCUCUCAGGGCUGGAGACAGAGGAGGGAGGUCUGGAAGACUGUCAUCCCCAUGGAAACUUUGCCACUGCUGGGUGCGGGGGGUUCGGAGGUGGAGGCUCUCCGUCCUCAGAGUCUUUCAUCUCCUCGGAGCUCAGCGAUUCAGGCUUCUACAGUGUUAGCACCGGGGAGUUCAGACACUUCCAAAGGCUCCUAGAGAAGAGGAUGCGUCUGUACAAUGCCAGGAUGCAACAUCAGGGUGAACCAUGCGAGAGACGCGAGAGGCGUGACAGCUGCCCCAAGAGCCACAGAGAGCUGCUCGAGUCGAUACCAGAGGCCCUGACGAUGCAGCCCCCAUGUCAGCACCUGCAACAUGGGAUGGAGGAUGGAGGUGGGUCAGUCAUGGACGUCCAGCCUCGUGGACUUUUCAGGGUUUCAUCGGUCCAGUUCCAUAAAGCUGACCGACCCUGUCUGAACCGCCACAGCUCUAGCAGUGGAGCUCUCUUCAACCCCUCUCAUGCCGCAGUCCCACGUAUAAAUGCACCGGUCCUAUCCACCUGCAGCACACCCUCCAGCCAUCGAAGACCACAAAUACCCAUGCAGCAGCAGUAUAACCACCAGGGUUCAAGCUCAGUAGGCAUGCUGAGGAGGAGCAGAACUCUACACCAUCGACCGCCUCCACAGGAAUACCGCCGCCGGGCUAGCCACCCAGCAUCACCUUCCUAUUGUGCUGCAACUCUGCACUACUGCGGAGGUGUCACGCCACACAACGUCCUUCCACCAGGCCUGCCAGAGGAAGGUGAGCUAGAUGCUGGUGUGAUGGCUUCCCACCCAACAGGCAUGGCCCUAUCACCCCAACAACACCCAGCUGCUAUGGGACACGUCAGGGGCACCAACACCAGUGAGCGAUGCUAUGACAACUCGGGUGGUCAGAUCACACAAAAUGACUGGUGGCACACUCAAGAUAGAAGCUUAAUGCCUGAGCCAGCGGUGGCAGAAAGAGAGAGGGAGAUGGAGAGGGAACUGGAACAAAAGAGACAACUACAAAAGGAAAAGGAGAUUGAAAGGGAGAGAGAAAUUGAAAGAGAGAGGGAGAGGGAAAGAGAGACAAAGCUCCAGGAGGAGAAGGAAAGAGAAAGGCAGCUGGAGCUGGAAAGGAGCAGAGCUAGAGAACAGCAGCACCUCCAGAGUCAUGUCCUCCCACUCCAGGCUGGAGACGUCAACGACACCUGGCCAAAGCCGGCCAGUCGCCAGUCCUACGGAGGUGGAGGAGGUAGAGGUCUCUACAGCACUUUAGAGGGCCACACAGGGGUUGGAACUGCUGCUGAAUGUGAGGCAAAAAAUGGACACAUAAAUGCGAACUCAAGUCAUAAUGCCGGUUCCGGUCUGCAGGCAAAACCAAACCCAAGCUCUAGGCCUAACACAACCUCACGAGUCACAAGGAGCCAGUUGCUCAGAGAUCGAGCUCAUCAGCUGGCAGAUGAACGAAGUGGAAUGAGCACUGAUGAAGAGACCAACACUGACAUGCUGCUGGGUCGCUACUGGAGUAGAACAGAGAGGAGAGAACACUUCCUGUUGGCUCGGGAGCAAAAGCAGCAACAGCUGUUGGCCAGAGGCGGGCCUUUACGAGAAGCUGUUAGCCGGGGAGCAGCAUCUAUAGGAGAUGGAGGCUUAAUAGAAAGCAGGGGAGUUGGACCUUUUGCUGAGGGGCGAUGCAAAACUGUCCUGGAGCUGAGUCAACGGAAGCUGAGUCGUCUGAGGAACAGAAAGCUGUUGGAUGACUGGACAACCGUAGAGGAGCUGCUGACUCAUGGAACCAGGUUGGACAACCAGGAGGACAUGUUGUGUCCAAGCUCCCUGUUGACAGUCACCACUGUCUAACUGGACAAACACAAUCUCUAGUUUAACCUCUGAGUAUGUGUGAUGUUAAACUAAUGAUAUAAUAUUAUGUGAAUCUGCCUGUUCCGUCUUUCUCAGAGUUAGACAAGAACAUGGAUGUCAGCUGAAGUAGGCAUCUAGUAGAGAAAGAGAUUUUGGGAUUGGUGGAAGGGCCCCUUAGACUUGGAGUGAAAACAAACAAUGUGAAAGAAAAUCACCAAUGUCUCUCUUCGAUCUAUUCCAGGCAGGUGUCUUUCACCCAAUGGAACUGAAAAUAUAAAGCUGUCUUGGGUUUCUUGCGUCACUUCAAUUAGACAUGUUUGGAAUCAUCAGUGGGUUUAUAAUACCGUUUUUAAAACAGGAAAUACCAAAAGUCUGACACCCACCCUCAAUUCAGUUUUUUUCCCACUGCACUUCAAUAUCCCCCAAUAACCCCAUGAGAGUAUGGCUGAUAAUUGUGAUGUGGUUCAAUGCCCAGGCACUGGGCACUGAGUUGUGUGGGGUCAGGAGCACCUAACAACAAAAAAGCAUGUCAGUUCUAAUCAAACCAGAUCUAUAUUGAUUUUUGCAUGUAUAGUCAAUGGGCAGUGCAGAAGUUGAUUAUUCUGGUUGGUGUCUGAUUCCCAGCUUUCAAUAUAGAGCAAAAUUAAAAGGCUAUUUAUGUAAAGUUUACAAUAUUAAAAAACCUGGACUAUAU